CACAUUAAUUCAAGUUUCCUUCUUUUUCCUGUGACAUUUCAUCGAGUUAAGUUUGCUUUUCCGAAACUUUUCGUUUAAUUUCAACCAAAUAAGUCUAAGAUGUUCAUUCCAAAGGCCAACCGUGUCGCCAUCUACGAGUACCUCUUCAAGGAGGGCGUGAUCGUGGCCAAGAAGGACACCCGCGUCCUGAUGCACCCGGAUCUGGAGACGGUCACCAAUCUGCAAGUCAUCAAGGCGCUGCAGUCGCUCCAUUCGCGCGGCCUGGUCAAGGAGCAGUUCGCCUGGCGGCACUUCUACUGGUGCCUGACCAACGAGGGAAUCGAGGAGCUGCGCAACUACCUCCAUUUGCCGCCCGAGAUAGUGCCCUCCACUCUGACGCGUCCCUCUCGCUCCGACGCGGUGCGUCCGCGUCCGGGAGCUGGAGGACCUCGAGGCGGGGGCUUCGGAGGACCCUCCAAGACCGACGAGGACAGAUCGACCUACAGACGUGCUCCACGCGAUGGUGAUUUCGACAAGAAGGGCGAUGUGGGACCAGGAUCCGGUCGCGUCGAAUACCGCGGAGGCUUUGGACGCGGCUCUCGCUACUAAGGCAUUUUGAAAAAUAAAUCAAAUUAAUUGGGAUGAAAUAAUCCUCU